GCCUCCAGGUCCCGGCCCUCGCCAUGGCUUCCCCGGCCGAGGACGCGCCCUGGCCUGUGCGCCUCUUGCGCGCGUCUCCUGGGCUGCUGCGGCUGGACGCGAGCGGAGGCGCGCUGCUGCUGCUACUGCUGGGCGGCCUCUUGGCACUGCUCGGCCAGAGCUGGCUGCGGCGGCGGCACCGAAUGCGGGGCAUCCCUCCCGGGCCCGCGCCCUGGCCGCUGGUGGGCAACAUCGGCCACGUCCUGGUACCAUCCUUCCUGUGGCGUCAGGGCUGGAUUCGCCGACCGGCGAGGGCCGCAGGGAUGGGUCCCACGGGCCUGGACCCGCAGGUGUUCCUGGCUAACCUGGCACGCGUGUAUGGCAACAUCUUCAGCUUUUUCAUCGGCCACUAUCUGGUGGUGGUGCUCAGCGACUUCCACAGCGUGCGCGAGGCGCUGGUGCAGCAGGCCGAGGUCUUCAGCGACCGGCCGCGGGUGCCGCUCAUCUCCAUCGUGACCAAGGAGAAGGGGAUUGUGUUUGCACAUUACGGUCCAGUCUGGAGACAACAGAGGAAGUUCUCUCACUCAACUCUUCGGCACUUUGGCUUAGGAAAGCUUAGCCUGGAGCCCAAGAUUAUUGAGGAGUUUAAAUAUGUGAAAGAAGAAAUGCAGAAGCAUGGAGAAUCCCCCUUCAGCCCUUUUCCCAUCGUCAGCAAUGCCGUCUCCAACAUCAUUUGCUCCUUGUGCUUUGGCCAGCGCUUUGACUACACCAACAGUGAGUUUAAGAGAAUGCUUGACUUCAUGUCCCGAGGGCUGGAAAUCUGCCUGCACAGCCAGCUCCUGCUGAUCAAUAUAUGCUCCUGGUUUUAUUACCUUCCCUUUGGGCCAUUUAAAGAAUUGAGACGAAUCGAAAAGGAUAUAACCAGUUUCCUUAAGAAAAUCAUCAAAGACCAUCAAGAGUCUCUGGAUAGAGAGAACCCUCAGGACUUCAUAGACAUGUACCUUCUCCACACAGAGGAAGAAAGGGAAAACGCCAGCAACAGUAGUUUUAAUGAAGAUUACUUAUUUUAUAUCAUUGGGGACCUCUUCAUUGCUGGGACUGAUACCACAACUAACUCUUUGCUUUGGUGCCUGCUGUAUAUGUCACUAAACCCCGAUGUACAAGAAAAGGUUCAUGAAGAAAUUGAAAGGGUCAUUGGUCCUGACCGAGCCCCUUCCCUCACAGACAAAGCGCAGAUGCCCUACACAGAAGCCACCAUCAUGGAGGUGCAGAGGCUGACCGUGGUGGUGCCACUUGCCAUCCCUCACAUGACCUCUGAGAACACAGUGCUCCAGGGGUACACCAUUCCCAAAGGCACAGUGAUUAUACCCAACCUGUGGUCCGUACACAGAGAUCCAGCCAUUUGGGAGAAACCAGAUGAUUUCUACCCUGGUCGAUUUCUGGAUGAUCAAGGACAGCUUAUCAAGAAGGAGACCUUUAUUCCUUUUGGGAUAGGGAAGCGGGUAUGUAUGGGAGAGCAACUGGCAAAGAUGGAAUUAUUCCUGAUGUUUGUGAGCCUAAUGCAGAGUUUCAAAUUCGCUCUACCAGAGGAUUCUGAGAAACCCGUCCUGACUGGAAGAUUUGGUCUAACUUUAGCCCCACAUCCAUUUAAUGUAAUCAUAUCCAAGAGAUAAAGAGCAUCUCCAGGAAGAGAUGGUAAACAGAUAUGUGCAUGUGUGCCCUCAUUAGCAGACUGUUCCCACCACACCCCACAAUGGAUCCAGCAACUCCGCGGAUCCAGCUGGACUCAGAGAGAGAUGAGAGAGGGGGCAGAGCCUGUGGACGCGUUCCUCUUGGAGGAUCCCUCAGCAGGAUACUUCAGCCAUCUUAGUCAUGCGUUUCUGUGACCUACCAAAGAGGCCGGGACUUCAGCCACAGCAGCUUCCACCCGUGAGCCUGUCUUCCCAUCUCAGUGCCUCAGUCAGCUCAUGUUCAAAUGAGGGUCUCAGAACUUGCCUUUUCUCUACCUCUCGGCAUUAAGGAAGCUCUGUUGCCUCGACCCUUUUUCUGACAGCGCCAACAUGCCAUUACAUUUAGAAAUAGAGGAUCUUCCUGCUGGAACGUUAAGUAAGAUCUGUGAUAAAGUGAAAGUGGUGUUCAGCCUUGAACAUUUGGUCACAGAGGGAUGUAGCUUUAGAUUAGAUGGAGGUAGAACUUCUUGUUUCAGCACAAAUUCUAUGGCAGUUUCUUUGAUUUGUUCUGUUAUCUUUGUGUUUAUGAUUUUAGUUCUUAUUCUUUGUAGACUUGGGAAGAAGCGGACCCUUGCCCAGUCUAGUAAGAAAAAGAGAAAUUAGCAUUUUGAAAAAUUCCCUAUCAAGUUAUUAUCUAAAUUUAUAUAUCUACCUUUCCCUUCAACUACAUGGACAGUGAACCUGAACAAGCAAGUGACUUCAUGUCAUGGCAAAACUCCUUUUUUCUGAGCUCAUUUGCAGAGAUGCAGCUCUGCCUUUUGUCUUGAGGCCUGGAUGGUGAGCUGGGGGAAUUUGAUAGUGGGAUUCAUCGGAAGAGUCUUCCUCCUAGCUCCACUGAACAUUCCUUUCCAAUAUUCCCCUCCACCAGGCACAAGGUGCCUGAUGCUUGAAUUCUCUCCAAGAUAAGAAAGCAUUCUUACUCUCUGUUAAGAGAAUUAAAUUGCUUCUUAAUAAAGAAGACCCCUUUUGGAACAAACAGUUCUCAACAAGGGUACUAACCCCCUUUAGGUGCUGGCUAGAGAGGUAUGCGUGCAUUUUUGGGUUAUAGCGAUAGGAGUUCUACUGGCCUUUUGCUGCCAUGGGCCAGUAUGCUAAAGAAGUCCCAUACAAUGAAGAACUGUCCUGCCCAGUAUGGCAGCAUUGCCUCCAGAGAGCACAUGCUGUAGAGAAUUCUGCCCUUCCCCUUGUUCUCCCGUGGUAGUCUCCAUGUAGUCAUAAUCAUUGAGUACUAUACUUUUGAGUCCUGCCUUAUCUUGGCACCUUACUUAAUGCUGUAAUUGUGGCCUUAAGUGAUUCUUGGCACAAAUUCUGUCGAGGGGGCCCUUUUGUAGCUGAUGGAGCUGCGGCUCAGAGACGUUAGGGCACACAGUUUAAAAAGAACCAUUGCUGAGUUUCAAGAAUAGCACUCUUUGUGACUGGACAGCACGUUCUGAACCACUUCAUGGCCCUGCUGCCAUUUGAUCCGUAGCCGGCUACUCCCCAUGGCUCAUGCUGUAGCAGCGUGCAUCCAUCUUCCUCCCAGACUGAGCCCCUGGAUGCGAGGGUGUCGUGCUGUUUCCCCCACAGCCUUGUUCUUAGAGGAUGCCCAGGCAACAUGUGAAUGACUUUUAAAAGUGUACUUAAGGGGAAAAUUCCACCCUAUUUGAAUAACUACACACUGCAUUUUUAUUACUUAGAGGAAAUAAGAAACCAGUGUGUGUUAUUUAUGUAAAUUAAACCAGUUUUAAAUGCUGGACUCUUGUUCAUCAUUUCAGGCAACCAUUUUACUGCACUUGCAUACCUUUAUUUUAUCAGAGAGGCAGACAGAGCUCUCAUCUGCUGGUUCAAUCCUCAAAUGCCUGGGAUCUGGGAACUCAGGCGAGGUCUCCUUCAUGGGUAACAAAAACUCAAGUACUUGAGCCCUCACCUACUGCCUCCCAAGGUGUGCCUUAGCAGGAAGCUGGAGUUGGAGGCACAGCUGGGAAUCAAUGCAGACACUCAAAUGACAUCUUAAACACUGUGGCAAAUGCCCAUCCUAACAAUAAGCAUUUUAAACAAACUUAGAACGAUGCCUUACUUAUUUAAAUAUGAGUGUAGCACAAAAUGUAAGCUUCCAGUGCUGAAGUCUAAGCCACAUCCAUGGGCUUCUCGCUUCCCUAAAGGAGGCAAGCAGCUACAGCAGUCCCCCUAAUCCUUGGGAAGGCAUUCCAAGAGCCCCAGUGGAUGCCUGAAACUGUGGGUAAUGCUGAAAGUUCUCUCUGUAUAUACUGCAUUUUCUCCCUAUAGAUGCAUAUCUAGGGUAAAAUUUAAGUUAUAUUAGGUACAGAUAAGAGAAUAAGACAAUAGAACAAUUAUAACAGAAUACUGUAAUGAAAUUGCCAGCAUUACUACUCUUGUACUUUGGGGCCAUUAAAUAAAACGGAAGUUACUUGAACACAUGCAGUGUGAUAGCUGAUAGCAAUUUGAUGACCAGUAUAGUUACUAUGGAAAUAUAUGAUAGGUAGCAUAUAUGGUGUGUAUAUACCAGACAAAGGGAUGGUGCACAUCCUGGGAGGGAUGGCAUGAGAUCUCAACACGCUUCUCUGAACAACGUGCAAUUUCAAAUGUAUGAACUGUUUGUUUCUGGAAUACUCCAUGUAAUAUUCUCAAAUUACCACAGAUUGAGGGUCAUUGAAACCCUGAAAAGCAAAGCCAUAAUAAUGGGCACUGCUGUGCUGCUGUCUGUGUGGAUAAUGAGCCAGUGUGGUGGCUUCUUUGAGAAUUACAUGAAAAAGAGAAGAUGGAGCUCUGAAUUUGAGUACUUCACCUAGAAAGGCCUCUGGUGGGUGACGGAUCACCCUUCCUUGCUGUGUCAGACCAAUGGAGAAGCCAGAUCUCCCCAUUUGACACCUUCGUCUGUCAUUCCCCACACUUAGGUAGUUAGGUCUUCAUAUCCUACAAAUGGAAGCCCAAGGCCAAGUUGAAUGCACAGCCAGACUUUGCCUUUGCUUUAGCAUGUUCCUAGGCAGACGUCUGUGUUUUUAGGCAGAAAUGGAAAUGACAUCUGCCUCAUAAAAAUACAAGGGAAAGAAGAAAAAAAAGAGGAUAUUAUAAAAUCAAGUAUCAAUUGGUCUCCUAACUCGACAUCCUUUGUGUUAUCUACUAAAUUGCCUUUUUGCUUUUUGUAACUGAAAUUGGGUACUUUCAAAAUAGAUCGAUGAAAUACAGACUAAUCUAGAGAUACCUUGAGGAUUUUUGUUUUCCUACAGAAGCAAAGCAAACAGGCUAAAUGCAGAGGAAUUGAGUGAAUGCGGAAGCUGCAGACUUCAGAUGAGUGGCUGUGUGUGUGGACCUCCCUGUGUCUCCCACAGGACAGUUUGUUCCUGAUACGAAAUCCAUAUGCUUUUGACUUGAACUAAUAAAUCAGUAUUAUCAAGGUUAUUAUUCCUCAAUUUACAUAUGCAUUUUCCAGAAUUCCUAACCAAAGAGUUUGUAUCUUACUUGAUUUUUAAAAGUUUCUGCUUUCUGUGAGAUCAUGUUGAAAUUAGAAGUUUAUGAAACUUUUGUAAGCACAGUGGCUCAAACUAUUGUACUUGAAAAUAAUACAUGGUAAAUCACUGACAGGACUGUUAAUGCAGUUCUCACACAUGUUGGCAUUUUAUGAUUUUGCACUUCAUGCUUUAUUUGAAAUGUAAAAAUAAUUAUAUUUUGUUUUAUAAAUCUGCUUAACCUCUAACUCUAAUCCUCAUCUUUUGCAGUUUUUGAUAGUUUAAUUAAACUUUAAC